GGGCUGGGGGCGGCGGGCGCGGGUGCGCGGGGACCUGCCCCGGGGAACGGGCCGGGCUGGAGCUGCCGCACAAGGGCGCGGGGAGCGCGACAUUUCACCAGCGAGGCAGUUGGUGCUGGGAAAUGAUUUCUUGCAGGUUUUUGGCGUGCAGAGGCGGGUUUGGCUCCGCCGUGCGGAGCUGAGGCGAGCCCGGCGCGGGGCUCUGGGUUCGGAGCCCGGGGCGGGCACAGCCGGCCCCGCCGCUUGUUGCCCGCGGGCGUUUUGCAGCCGAAAUGAGGAACUGGCGAGCGCUUCAGUUCUGCCCUGAACAGAAAUGUGUCAGCGGCUCUCCCUGCUGCCUUCGUGUGAGGGAGGUGCCGAGUUCUCCCUCACUGACCGGGGGUUAGAACAGAAAAUACCUGCAAUGGACCAGUCGUCCCCAACCUACAUGCUCGCCAACUUAACCCACUUGCAUUCCGAACAGCUCCUGCAAGGCUUGAACCUCCUUCGCCAGCAUCACGAGCUCUGUGACAUUAUCCUGCGGGUGGGCGAUGUCAAGAUCCACGCCCACAAAGUGGUGCUCGCCAGCAUCAGCCCCUACUUCAAAGCCAUGUUCACGGGGAACCUGUCGGAGAAGGAGAACACGGAGGUGGAGUUCCAGUGCGUGGACGAGGCGGCUCUGCAGGCCAUCGUGGAGUACGCCUACACCGGCACCGUCUUCAUCUCGCAAGACACGGUCGAGUCGCUUCUUCCGGCUGCCAACCUGCUCCAGAUCAAGCUGGUCGUGAAGGAGUGCUGCGCGUUUCUCGAAAGCCAGCUCGACCCUGGCAACUGCAUCGGCAUUUCUCGUUUUGCAGAGACCUACGGCUGCCACGACCUCUACCUGGCUGCUAACAAGUACAUCUGUCAAAACUUUGAAGAUGUUUGUCAGACGGAAGAAUUUUUUGAGCUUACGCAUUCAGAGUUGGAUGAAAUUGUUUCCAAUGACUGCUUGAAUGUCGUGACAGAAGAAACUGUUUUUUAUGCGCUAGAGUCCUGGAUCAAAUACGACGUGCAGGAGCGGCAGAAGUACUUAGCGCAGCUGCUGCACUGUGUGCGGUUGCCGCUGCUGAGCGUUAAGUUUCUUACGCGGUUAUACGAAGCAAACCAUCUCAUUCGUGAUGACCACACGUGUAAACAUCUGCUGAACGAGGCCCUAAAGUACCACUUCAUGCCCGAACACAGACUGUCCCACCAGACCAUGCUGAUGACGCGGCCUCGCUGUGCUCCUAAAGUCCUUUGUGCUGUGGGAGGAAAAGCUGGGCUGUUUGCCUGUUUGGAAAGUGUUGAAAUGUAUUUUCCUCAGAAUGACUCCUGGAUAGGCCUGGCACCUCUUAGCAUUCCCCGCUAUGAAUUUGGAGUAUCUGUCCUAGACCAGAAAUUAUAUGUUGUAGGAGGGAUUGCGACCCACGUGUGUCAAGGCAUCAGUUACCGAAAGCACGAGAAUUCCGUGGAGCGUUGGGACCCCGACACAAACACGUGGACGUCUCUGGAAAGGAUGUUUGAGAGCCGGAGUACCCUGGGAGCGGUGGUUCUGGCGGGGGAGCUCUACGCCUUGGGUGGCUAUGAUGGGCAGUCUUAUUUACGAACGGUGGAGAAAUACAUUCCCAAAGUGAAGGAGUGGCAGCUGGUGGCCCCGAUGAACAAAACAAGAAGCUGUUUUGCUGCAGCCGUCUUGGACGGAAUGAUCUAUGCCAUUGGUGGUUAUGGUCCAGCCCACAUGAACAGUGUGGAGCGCUAUGAUCCAAGUAUGAACUCGUGGGAGACGGUAGCUUCGAUGGCUGACAAACGAAUCAACUUUGGUGUCGGUGUCAUGCUGGGCUUCAUUUUUGUAGUAGGUGGACACAACGGUGUGUCUCACUUAUCAAGCAUUGAGAGAUACGAUCCUCACCAAAAUCAGUGGACUGUGUGUCGACCCAUGAAGGAGCCCAGAACAGGCGUUGGCGCAGCCGUAAUUGAUAACUACCUGUACGUGGUCGGAGGCCAUUCGGGGUCGUCCUACCUGAACACUGUCCAGAAGUACGAUCCCAUCGCAGACACCUGGCUGGACUCCGCAGGGAUGAUGUACUGUCGAUGCAAUUUUGGGUUGACUGCACUUUGAUGAAAAGUAGGACUUUGUGGACCUGAUGUGAAGAUGGAGCUUAACGUGCUUGAAAAGGAACCCCGCUGGCAGAGACCGUGAGCUGCGUUUGCCGGAGCUGGGAGGUUGGAGGAACGCGGUGGAGUUGGGAUUGACAUGAGGAAGGAUUUGUUUUCUUCCCGUAACUGGCCUUUGUUCCUUUAGCGACACGGGCAGAAGGAACGGAAAGCUCAUCACCAGCUGGGUUUAGAUCGCGCCCUGGUGAUGGCAGUGAAUUUGAGAGAGUGCUGUACAUGCCUGGGACGUGGUUAGGAAACUUGCCGUGUAUCUGACCCCUUCACUUGUAGAGCCUUUCCCUCUUCCUCCCGUCUGCCCUGAACGUGAAGCUGCCUGUGCUGGGGCUGGGAGGUGGGCGAGCGCGCCGCGGGGCCGCGCCGUUUGCUGGCGCUCGUCUGGCUGGGCCUUCAGAUUACAAAGAUGCCAGUGCUUCAUGAUGUUUUUUAUGAACAGUAACUAAAGGGCUGCCUUGUUUCUGGAUCUCAAGGUUUGUAAAUAAUCAAUGCCAUAGUAUGUUGCCUGCACACUCCCCUUUGCCACCCACGUACUGGUAGGAGGGCUGGGAUGGUAAUUAGUAACGACUUAAAGACAUUUGCAAGGCAAAUUUCUUGCCUCUUCACAAAAUUUUUGGAUCUGAUGAAAUAAUAUUUUAUACUUUCCCUGAUAUUUUCUUUUUGUGGAUAAAUAGUGGGGGCUUAAAGGACCUCGUCUUGCUGGUCUGCUCUGCGUGUUCAAUGGUAACGCAAAAUGUCAAUAAUGCAUUGGAAGAUGCCACAGCAGCAUUCAUAGCACGAUAUGAAACAAACACUCAGCAAUGGAUCCAUCCCAUCCUUCUCCCAAGCACGCUUGUGUCCGUAUUCCGUUCAAGUGUCUCUUUUAUAGGCGUGUCUGAUUGCUUUCUCGGAGUGUGCAGCCAGCCCAUGGUGCUACAGGCAGCCCUCCGGCGCGGCUGUUCCCAGCUGGUGCGGUGUGCGCACAGCACGGGCGUCUGCAGUGUUCUGCUGGUUUUCGCUCUUACUCACUUCAUACUUUGGUGCCUAUGAAAACUGCCGAGAGUAACACAACGUACUCGCUGAGCUCUCUGUUACUUUUUUUUCUUCAGAAUAUCUACAAUUUUGUCCUUACUCUCAUAAACAGGGAGUGAACGGUGCGAUCCCGUCCGGGGUUUUUCGCACAGUCUUGCCUUUCCCACAAGCUGCAGCGGGUGAGGAGCUCGGCGCGCAGCUGCUCGUCCCCAGAGCGUGUCCUGUGUGAGGAGGCGGUGCUGGAGGCCCGCUCCUGUCAUCGACCACACGGCUUUGUGAUAGCGCUGAACUCAGCGAGAACUUGGGCAGAGAAACAGAAAGUGAUGCGGUAGUUAUGACCCUGAUCUAAAAUAGAUGAGUGAGUAAAUAUGAACGUUAGCUGAUUUAGAAUGCUUUAGGUUGUCUGAUUUUAGCUAGGAGCCACGCUUAUCUCGAAUUUCUGUUUUGUUGUCUGUACGUGUAUUGCCAGGCCUGCUACUGAAGAAUUUUUCUGCCUCCAGAGUUUUCCCUUUGUUUUAACAUGUUAAAUUCACGUUUGUUUCCCCUUGUUUUUCAAGCCCGUAUAGUAUUAUUUUGGAAGGUGCAAUACUAUUUCCAGCAGCUGCUUUCCAAGCCAUUUCCCUGUGAGCACGCUGAGGGUUUGCGGUGCGCUCCGGCCGAGCUGGCCGCCGCGCGGGGCGGGAGGACGGCGCUCGCUCUUCGUACGCGAACGUUCGGAUUUUGAACAGUCAGAAACACGGGGGUGUUUACACCGUGAAACGUGAUUUAUAGACAUUAUUUACAGGUGUUUGCACAGAUCAUAACUUCCUGCACGCGUUCUUCAGAUGGGCUAGGAUUAAGUAGGACUUUAAAAGCAAAUCAAAUUAACAAUGUCAGCGUUUUCAAUGCAGUUUGUUUGACUCGCUAAGGAUUCUAGUUCUAUAGCAAUAAUAGCGUAAUUGGAUUAUUCUGGUGACUGUGAUAGGACUCAAGUAGUGAAAUGAUUGUACGUGGGAGGUUUGGGGGAGAUGUUUCCACCCUCUCCCACCGUUCAGGUGGAGGCACAAGCUGAAUGUUUCCACAUCCUGUUUCACUUCUCGCUCUGUUCCAGAGAUGCCAUCAAUUACUGUAUCUUCCAAUAUACACCUGAGGUAAAGAUGCUUAACAAACAAAUAUAAAAAAAAUACAUAAAUUCCUUACUUAAAAGAGAGGUUGAUGCCUCUUAUUGAUCGGAGGCUUUCCACACAGUUUGGUACGUCCCGAACCUUCUGGAGGUCAAGGCCGCUGGGAUUCCCUGCGGGAGGGUGCUCACCGAGAUGUUCUGAUGGGAGCUGUUAGUAGAGAGUGGUGCAAGAUGGAGAAACCCUUUUGACUUCAUCAGAACAAAGUCGGGGUGGUGUGGAUGGUUAUUCAGUCUCUAGAAACAUCUGUCAUUUAUGGAAGUCAAAGCACUUAAAACUGCACCAGGUUUUCCUCUCUUGGCCGUGUCAGACGAGCCCAUAGCGAUGGAGCCGUGUUGUGGUGUUGCUCCAGUUGACAGAGCAGCAGCAACAGUUUUUGAAUGCACAGGCUUGGUCUGCAGAAUGGGGAAAAUAGCCAAUAUAAUGUACUGCUGGUAUUAGGUGAGGGGUUUAGCUAGAAAUGGACCAAGCGGCGUGUCAGCAUCGGGGUCGUGUCACUGCAGUCGUGCCGUCUUCUGUUCCGGGUGCUCCUCGUCCCGAUCACUGAAGUGCUUGGUUAUCAAAGAUCAGACGCGACAACCAGUUUAAAUCUGCGUUUAAAGAACAGCGCUCUCCUGGUAAUGUCUGUCUCGCAGUUUUAAAAUUAAGGACCUUCAACUAAGAUGUCAUACAACUAUAAGUUAUCAUCCAGUUCUCUUUCUGAAUCACCCGAAAUUCUCUGUGAAGCACUUGCAAAUGGGUCUGAGUUUAUAUGUGUACAUACAGAUGCUGAAUUUCUGCUCUUUGAGUUCAGGUUUGCCUGUGAGCUUCCUGGCGGCCUCUCCACUAGGGGUGCUUUGCAGCUCCCGGAGGGCACACGUGUGCAGCACGCGUUACAGCAGCUCCUCCUGCAUUUCCCAUUCCUAAGUCCCCAUUCACUAUAUGAAACAAUGCAAAAUGUCCAAGCUUGCCUUAAAUUCUCGAUAUCCAACUCAACUCCAAGAACUGGAUGAUAAUUCUUAUUUUUUUGCCUUAUGCGCUGUGCUGUAUUUUAAACCCAAGGGUAACUAUAAUUUUUAGCGGGAUUUCAUAAUUGUACAGAGAAUACCAAAUUGUACUCGGACUUGACCAGAGUGCUUUGGUUGGGAGUAUAAAGUAAUAUAUGUAGCUUUGUGUACGUAGAGUGUUUCUGUGUGUCCAUCUUUUUUAGCAGCGUUCUGGUUUUGUUCUUGUUUACAAAAGCCGCAGUUGAGUUCAACAGGAAAAUAACCGUAACCUGCGUUCUGGGUCUUUAGGAGCGCCCUCAAUGCGUUUGCUCUUGUCAUAAUGCUCUCUAAGUAUUGUUGUAACUAUUCCAUUGAAUGUGAAACGAUUUAGUAAAUAAACCUGAGCGAAAACUUAUUGUUA